AUGUACCAGAACCUUGGACGAACCCCCAACUGGGAUGUAUGCUUUUCACAAGCCCAACUCACCGAGGAAAACUUGCGAUCACACAGUUCCAUCCACUCAAAGGCGGAUAGUGCUUGCCAUCUAGAAGACCAACAGUCAGCGGCUGGCUACACCGAACUGUACUACCGAUACGAUGGCGACUUUGCCGAGUCUGAUGACGGAGAUGCGGAUGCCCAAAGACAAACAAUGGCUCUGCGAAGAGCAGCGUCUCUGGAGGUGUUGAAGGCGUACGGCGGCUGCUUCGCUUCUGGCUUUCUUGCUCUACAAGAACCUCUCCCAACCCGAGCGAAGUCGAAGCUCAGGAUAUAUGAGAGCGCAGAUGGGUGCGAGAUGCAAAGAACGGCUUCCAUCGCAACCUCAUUCGCAACUUCAUCGAGCAGCUGGGGCAACAACGACAACCCACGACCAGAUUCGGCCACUCUAAGCAGCACACCGGUACCAGAAUCAGCCAAGGGAGCAAGAUGGAGGUGGAGGAGCAUGAAGAAGAGCUGGAAGCCCAGCGCGAAGAAAGUUGAAGUUUGAAGUCAGGAUACAUGAGCCGGUUUGCCGGUGUUUGAGCAGCGUUUGUUUGAUUGCUUGUUAGCGAAGGCGUUGGGGCUCAUUGACAGCCAAAAAAGAUUGCGAUUACCAUCUCUUUUGUCAUGAAUAGCGGUAGCGAUAUUACGUUUCGUUUGUAACGAGGAUUCGGCGGUGUAGCUUAUAAUCAUGGUCUGGAGUGUAGGGGGGGGCUCCGUGAGGCGGAUUGAUCAAUGCAUAACAUGCAA